CACAUUUGUUUUCUAUAUAAAGCUAUCCUAUGCUCUAUAACUCUCACUCGAUCACUCCAUUCAUAAUUACAUUUCUUGCUUUGUCUUUUGUCUAGAGGAGUUGGCAAUGGCGGACGAGGUGAUUCUGUUGGAUUUCUGGUGCAGUAUGUUCGGCAUGAGAGCUAGAAUAGCUCUGAGUGAAAAGGGUGUUCAGUACGAGUACAGGGAGGAGGAUCUGACCAACAAAAGUCCCCUCCUUCUGGAGAAGAACCCAGUUCACAAGAAAAUUCCGGUCUUGAUUCACAACGGAAAGCCGGUCUGUGAGUCACUCGUUAUUUUGCAGUACAUCGAUGAAGUUUGGCCAGAAAAAUCUCCUUUGCUUCCCUCUGAUCCUUACCAGAGAGCCCACGCUAAGUUUUGGGCUGAUUACAUUGACAAGACGGUCUAUGAUUGUGGUAAGAGGAUAUGGAGCACAAAAGGAGAAGAGCAAGAAGCAGCCAAGAAGGAAUUCAUAGAAAUUUUCAAGGUGUUGGAAUCAGAGCUUGGAGAGAAGCCAUACUUUGGAGGGGACAGCUUUGGGUUUGUAGAUGUUGCCCUUAUAGGAUUUUACAGCUGGUUUCCUGCCUAUGAGACCUUCGGCAACUUCAGCAUCGAGGCCGAGUGCCCUAAGUCCAUUGCAUGGGCCAAGAGGUGCCUGCAGAGGGAGAGUGUCUCCAAAACCCUUCCUGACUCGAAGAAGAUUUGCGAAUUCGUCGUCGAAAUGAAGAAGAUGUUUGGCUUGGAGUAGACGAAUCAGAAAGCAGUUAGGUCAUAUCCUCUAGUGCUACUUGAAGAAGAUGUUAUAUUCGUUUUCCCUGUGUUUUCUUUUUCUCUUGUGUUAUUGUCUUUGUUGGGGUUAGUUAAUUAGACACUUCUUGUGUCUGAUUAUGUUCUGUUAAAACAGCUGAGUCUUUCAUCUUAUGCCAAAAUAUAAAUAAAAAGCUUCUUCAUUGGUUUGGCUA